AUGCUCCCAACAGAGAAGAAACGCGUAGCCAUCGUGGGCAGCGGAUGCGCCGGCUUGGGUGCAGCGUGGGCUUUGCAAAACACUGAUCAUGAUGUCCAUAUCUUUGAGAAGUCAGAUCGCCUGGGAGGCCACACGAAUACCCAAACAUUUACACAUGGCCAACACUCUACACCUGUUGAUACUGGCUUCAUCGUCAUGAACUCCGCCACGUACCCAAAUCUGAUCAGAUUCUUGAACCAUGUCAAAGUAGACAUCGUUCCUACCUUGAUGACAUUCAGCGUGUCUCGCAACCAUGGCGAAUUUGAAUGGUCUGGCUCUGGCGAGGGUAUUUUUGCUCAACGAGAAAACAUCUUUAAGCCUAAGAUGUGGCGUAUGAUCUUCGACAUUAUACGCUUCAACCAGUUUGCUCUUGAUCUGCUAACAGAGGAUGACUCUUCACGCACUGAUCAGACUGUUGGAGACUAUCUGGAGGAAGAAGGCUAUUCUCAAGCUUUCAAGGAUGACUACCUCAUCCCAAUGACUGCUGCGGUGUGGAGCACAUCCCCGGACAAGACCAGUCUGGAGUUCCCUGUACUGACUCUCGUCCGCUUCAUGUGGAACCAUCAUCUUCUGUCGACCAUCGCAGCACGACCCACUUGGCUGACCAUCAAGGAUGGCUCUCAAAAGUACAUUGACGCCAUUGUACGCAGCUCCGAUAGGAGAAGGUUCCACUUCCACACCUCGACUCCGAUCACUGGUGUGACGAGGAUGAACCAGAAUGGCAAGAACGUAGUCGAGGUCAGCUACAAGAGUCCACUGAGCGGCACCCAGGAGUCCUCAACCUUCGACCACGUGAUCAUGGCUUGCCAUGGAGAUGAUAUCUUGCCUCUUCUUUCGGCCAAAUCGAGAGUACCACCAUCAGAGAAGGAAGAAGAAAUUCUUGGAGCAUUUCAGACUUCCGAAAACGUCGCAUACCUCCAUUCGGACCUCUCGUUGAUGCCAUUGAGAAGACCAGUAUUUACAGCCUGGAACUACUUGACGACCUCCGCACCAUCCAAGCUUGAACACCCAGCUGGUGUAAGCUUGACAUACUGGAUGAAUCUGCUGCAACAUAUUCCAGAGUCCAAGUUUGGUCCUGUGCUUGUCACAAUGAACCCUCCGCAUGAGCCUGCGCCAGAACGUACGCAAGGCAAAUUCAUCUACCGACACCCUCUGUACACACCAGCAGCAGUCAGAUCGCAGAACAGAAUGCACGAAAUUCAGAAUACAUCAGGAAUUAGUUACUGCGGAGCGUGGACCAAGUAUGGUUUCCAUGAGGAUGGCUUCAGCAGCGGGCUCAAGGUCGCGAUUGAUCACCUUGGAGCAACUCUGCCAUUUGAGUUUAAAGACUCGACGUUUUCGCGAGGUAAGGCGCCUCAAUUGAACUUGAUGGAUCAUGCGUUGCGCACUGCCAUUGUCUGGAUUAUGAGAUUUGCACACCUACUGCAUUUCUUCUUGUCACUACCACCAGUAGCAUUCAUGCUAUCGAUAUUCCUGAAUCUUCUUGACCGGGUCUUUGGUGUCAAAAUCAAGUUCGAUUAG